GGUUUGGAAGGAGGGGACUGAAAUUUUGUGAGCUCAACUCCUUGCUGCUCGGUCCUAUCUGCUCCUCGGCCGGCAGUGCUCGCGGCGGAGUCGCUGGCUCUCGGCGUCUCCUCCCCACCUUUUCCGCUUGCUUUCUCCCCCUUGACGCACCCGCGUGACCGUCUCCCUCUCCAGCCAGAGCUUUGUCCCAUCAGCGUUAACAGAUACGGGUCUUCUGUUGGCUGCAGCACUGCUUUGAUGUCCUUUCCCUCUGUUGAAGGUGAGAUGCCCACUUGACCUACUGGUCGCACGCUGGUGUCUCCUGUGGGCACCAGCACGGCUUAGUUUUGACACAUGAUAGGGACUAUAAAUAUAGGGCAGGUCUCAUGUUACCUUGAUCGCCGUCCAAGGCAGCGCAGAUGAUCUGCGCUCUGCUGCGAGCAAAGUCACCCGGCUUUGCCGGGCGAAGAGGUCCCCUGUGCCAGGGAAAGGACUGGAGCCUGAAGAAAAGAGGCCAGACCCACAUGUGCUCCCUUGGUCGGGUCUCCUCUGCGGGUGUCACUCUGCCAUGUGUGUCCCAGAGUUGGGGUGUUGCCGUCACCUCUCCUUCCUCCCGGUGCUUUGCCACCCGCCGGGGCGAGUUUGGGCUUUGCCGGUGCCCGGGCGCACACGCACCCCCCACCCCCUGCUCGGGGGCUUCAUGCCGCGACGUUGGCUGUCGCCUGAGGCCAAAUCUCCGCUCUUGGGUGCCGACGGGGACCGCAGCCGCCCGUUUCGGGGCUCGGCUGCGGGGAGCGAAAGGCCGGCGGCGAAGCCCACGGCACCUCUUUAUCAUCCCGGCCCUCGGGGCAAAAAAAGCCGCAAGCGCGACGUGGGGGGCUAUUUUGGAAGGGGGGGGAGAGAUCCCACCCCAAAGCCGCCGCCGGCUUCAGCGCAGCCCCCCCGAGCGGGAGCAGAGCGGAGAGGGGGGGGUGUCGCCACCUCCCCGCAGCGAGGAGGAGGAGGAGGAGGAGGAGGAAGAGGCAGAGCGCAGCCCGGCGCUGCGGGGCGGAGCGCGGAGCUGCCGCCGCUGCCCCGGCGCCGGCAUGAGCUUCCCGCGGCCGCUGCGGCGCUCGGUGAGCCUGAGCCCCGGGCGCAGCCUGCGCCUCGUCGUGCUGGGCCAGGGCGCCGUGGGCAAGACAGCGUUAACAGUACGGUUCAUCACCCGGAGGUUCAUCGGAGACUAUGACCCAACCCUGGAAAUGAUUUACAGGCACGUGGCCGUCAUCGACGGGGACAUGGUGCACUUCGAGAUCCUCGACACCGCAGGGCAGGAGGAAGACUCCCUGCAGAUCGAGGAGAAGAUCAAGUGGGGCGACGGCUUCGCCGUGGUCUACUCGGUGACGGACCGCUGCAGCUUCGACGAGGUGGUGCGCCUCUGCUUCCUCGUCAACCACCUCCACGGCAGCCCCAAGCGCCCCGCCGGCGCCGACCAGCCGCCCGUCGUCCUCGUGGCCAACAAGAAGGACUUGCAGUACGACCGCAUGGUGUCCACCGAGGAGGGCCAGAGCCUCGCCAAGGCCUUGAAGCUGCCUUUCUACGAGAUCUCCACCCGCGACAGCUACGAGGAGACGGUGGCCGUGUUCGGCUGCCUCUACCAGGAGCUCCUGAGACAGGGGCACUUCUCCCCGGGCUCCUUCAAGAGGCGGACGGCCUCCAAGCUGGUGGAGAAGAUCCCCAAGAUGCAGGCGAGCUCCACCUUGACGUCGGCGGGCCGCAGCCUCAGCUUCAACUCCUUCAGGGACUACAUCCCCGAGUGAGCGUCCCCGGGCCGGCGCCGCCGCCUCCGGGGACCUUCUCAGGCCCGCGGCGGGGGGGGUUCUGGUUUUAACGUGGAUCGGCCGGGACGGCCUCCCCCCCCCCCCUCCUCCUCUCUCCGCUCACGCCCCAAAUGCCCGUUAAUCCCUGGCUUUUCUGCAAAACGACAAAAAAAAGCAUUUAUUACCGUUUCAGGCUCCCCGGCGCUCUCUCUUUGGAUGCCACCAUGAAUAAAACGCCUGCGCUGGGCGCCGCUGCCGGGGGGGCACGAGGGUGGCCAGGGGGUCCCGGGAGCCGGCAGCACCUCGCAGGGCUUUAUUUUUUAUUAGUUUUAUUCUUUUUAAGAGGGUUUGUCCUCGGUUUGGGUGUUGUUUUCUUUUUUGCGGGGUUUCGCAGCGCAUCCAGCAGAUGGGGAUAUCGGCCCGGCGCUGGGAUAACUCGGCGCUGCCGGGCUGCUCCCGGGCCCCGCGCGGGGAAAAGCGCCAAUUUUUCCCCUUAUUUUUGGCAAACCCCCGCGUUUCUCUUUUUAAAAACUAAAGGAGCCUCCCCGGCACGGACAGGGCGCGCCGCUGCGAAGCUCCGGCCCCGGCACGUCGGGGCUUCGGGAAAAUAUUGAUAGUAAGGGCCGGCCCGUCUCGGCGGGCAGGUUCCUGCGGCGCGCGGGGCUCGGUUUCCGUACGGGAUGGCUUUGCGUGGUGUUCGGGUUUUAUUAAUUAUUAAAUAAUUCCGUUAUUACCCA